UCUCUCCAUCCGAGUGAUUAUUUUGUCACCAGCCACGCUAUCGUGCCGAUAACUAUGCCAAACUUCUUGUGGCGCCUUGACUCUAUUACCGCUACCCGUUGACGCUAAAAUUUCCCGAAUCGACCGCGUCCUCGUAGGGAAAACUGGGGUCAGCUGUGAAGAGGGCCCCUGUCGUCCGUGAUUACAAGACAUGCAAAACGGCAGCCUGAAUGGCAUAUCCCACCAAGAUGAACGCGUGACCCCCGUACCUGAAGCCAACCCCCACGAUGCUCUUGUACCGGAACAAACGACGGAUAUUGCGAAUGGGGAUUUGAUUACUGGUGAACAUAAAGAGGAUGAGGUCGCAACUGACCAUCCCGACGGGCCUCCAUCGAAAAAGCGAAAGGUCGCAGGAUCUUCUAGCUCUCGACGGUCAACGCCCCGGCCGGCAUCGCCUCCAUGGAAGAAAGCCGGCGCGGAUGGACCAACGUCCUUCAUUCAAGAUGGCAGGCGCAAGUCCUCCAGAGUCAAUUCGGUUCUCUUCCAGUCCCCGUCCGACAAGCCGUCCGAGAAGCGAAGCUCGCGAACGGGUCCACCGAACUCAGUAGCGAGGAAUGGUUCUGGUGAUAGCAAAGCGGCAGCAUCAUCGCCGUUGUCAGGGACCCCAUCGCACUCGGGGGUCAAUGGAAAGUCUCUUGGUGGCAAGAUCGCAACUAAUGGAUCUCCAAAGCACCCUACCCCUCUAAGGGGCGCAGCUGGCAGACGGCAGCGUGUAUCACAGUCGCCUGCAUCGGCACAGGCCCCUACCCGCACAAGAUCUCGAAGUUCCGGCGCGUCGAACACUCUCCAUAAUACCAGUGCGAAUGUUAAUGGGUCCGCGAAUCGAUCGAUCCAAUCCCCCGCGGACAUGACGUUAGCAGGAGGAAGUGGCGUGGAGGAUUAUGAAGGAGACUUAGGCGAGGAGGAUGAGCAGGGCGAUGAAUCUGGGCAGCGGGUGGCGAGGCUGCGAAUCAAGGUCAAAAAGCCAUCUAUCGGCAUCCAGCACCCUUCUCAUGUUUUGGCUCCGCGCAAGUACGGGUCCUUUCGUGAAUGGAUUGAGAGCGAGGAGGGUGCACCCAAGGAUGAUGCUAUACUAAUGCCCGCAGAGGCACUUGAGGAGGCACAGAAACGGCGCCAAGUAAUGGCUGCAGCAGAACCCGGCGGGCUUCUCAGCUCGGAAAUUUGCUCUGCUUUUCUGCCGGAGCAGCAGGAAGAACCUCCACAGCAAUAUUCGCAUCAAGACCAUCUUAUUGCACAUGCGCUGUACUUCAAGAAGCUUCUUGACCAGGAACAUCGACGACAUCGCAAUACGGCCAAACUCUUCGCGCAGUGGUGCGCUGAUGCCUGGAGGAAACGCCACAAGCGCCCUGAAGAUAUUCUUAAGGAGCAACAAGAAGAAAUGCGCGGGAAACGCAAACAGUUGGCCAAGGAUUUACAGAAGAUGUUCGACCUAGCACGCGCGGAGGUUGAUAGGGUACGGUUAGCACGCUGGGAAGAAGAGCGAAAAGUACAAGACCAGCAAGCCUUGGACCGUGCCAUCAAACAAUCAACCAUGCUAUUUGAAAAGCGGCGAUCAGAGAUCCUGGGUGAAACUGGAAGCGACUUUCCAGGAUCGAGCGACGGUGAGGUUGAAACGGACUACUCGUCUAACCGCGAGGAAGACGAUGAAAGCAAUAUGUCAUCUACGGAUUCCGAAUCGGAUGGCGAUGUCGACGAUGAUGAAGGUUUAACAGCAGAGGAGCUCCGGUUAAAAUACGCCAAUCUUACUGAAACAAACAAAGAUACCAUGGGCCGCGAGUCCCUAGCUUCUGAUGACAGUGUCUCAUCUGACCAUAGUGAUGCUAUACCGGAUGACACCGGCGAAUUACUGGAGCUUUCAGAAGAGGCGUCAACCGGGCAGGUUGAAGUCGAGGACGUUGAUCCAAUGCUCUUGGAUGACAGCGAGGAGGCAUCGACCGAUAUGGAUGAUGAUAUGGGUGAUAGUGACGGCGAUGAAGAGUCCAGUGAAGCCGAUUCGGACGAGGAAGCAGAUGACGGGCCUGGUCUCUUGGGUUUCUUUGCUUCAAAGGAUACAACGUCGGGUUAUGACCUUGGUGACGAUGAUGAUGACGAAGACGACGUUGGCGAUGAUGCGAAACUAGGAUCAGUUGAUGACUACGACGAUGAAGAACCUGAAGAACCAGAUGAAGUCUCUCUUGUUCCCAAUGGACCCUCAGGGCAAGAAAUUACACCACAAGAUACUGCUGAAGCUUCCUUGGCUCUCGAUGGACCUGCAGAGCAAGAGGCCGCUCCACAGGACAUUAAUGAAGAUUCACUCUUGGUCGAUGAUGCCCAUCUUGAACAUGAAGGUAACGAAGUCGAAAUGGCCGAUGUUACUUCCCCAGAAAAACUAGUCUCCGAUAAGUCCGACAAACCCGUACCCGAACCUGAAUCUCAAUUCCAAUUUGAUGAACUUGAAAACAAGCCACAGCUCACUGAGACGCAUCAUGAAGAUCAAGGAAACCCUGAGCAUCGACACAGUGGAGAAAUGUCUAGUGAAGCAUCACCUGGAACGCUGAUCACGAAGCCUUCUGAGCCGGAGUCUGUCUCAUCAUACGAGGCUACUGGAGAAAACCAACCUCAGACAAGCGAAUCUCCAGCCCCCGGAAUGAAGACACCGAUACCCCAUCUACUGCGCGGAAACCUACGAGAGUACCAGCAUUUCGGGUUGGAUUGGCUUUCUGGUCUCUACGUGAACCACAUCAACGGCAUUCUCGCCGAUGAGAUGGGCCUCGGUAAAACAAUCCAGACAAUUGCCCUGCUGGCACAUCUAGCUGUCGAGAAUGAAGUGUGGGGCCCACACCUUGUUGUCGUGCCUACAAGUGUCAUCCUCAAUUGGGAGAUGGAGUUCAAGAAAUGGUGCCCUGGUUUUAAAAUCAUGACGUACUAUGGCAACCAAGAAGAGCGCAGGCAAAAACGAAAAGGCUGGAUGGAUGAUACCAGCUGGAACGUUCUGAUUACUUCUUAUCAACUCGUGCUACAGGACCAACAGGUCUUGAAGCGGAGAAACUGGCACUACAUGAUUCUCGAUGAAGCGCAUAACAUCAAGAACUUCCGCUCUCAGCGGUGGCAGGCGCUUCUUACGUUUAGGACAAGGGCCAGACUCUUACUCACGGGUACGCCGCUUCAGAAUAAUCUGACAGAGCUAUGGUCUCUUCUGUUCUUCUUGAUGCCUUCCGAUGGGGAUGAUACAGGAAUUGAAGGGUUUGCAGACCUGAGGAACUUCUCUGAAUGGUUCCGACGGCCUGUAGAGCACAUCUUGGAACAUGGUAGGGAGACCAUGGACGAUGAAGCCAAGCGAGUCGUUACCAAACUUCACACUAUCCUCCGGCCUUAUAUUCUGCGUCGGCUUAAAGCCGAUGUCGAGAAGCAGAUGCCCGCAAAAUAUGAACACGUUGUGUACUGCAGACUGUCGAAACGACAAAGAUAUCUAUACGAUGGCUUCAUGUCCAGGGCACAAACCAAAGAGACACUUGCCUCUGGUAAUUACCUGUCCAUCAUCAACUGUCUGAUGCAACUGCGGAAGGUCUGCAACCAUCCAGAUCUGUUUGAGACGAGGCAGAUUUCUACGUCAUUUGCAAUGUCAAACUCGGUGGCCACGGAAUUCAAAACCAAGGAGCACCUCGUUCGCAGACGCCUGUUGUACGAACACCCUCUUACGAAGUUGGAUCUCGACUUCCUCAACCUGGUCCCUAUCUCGAGGGAAAACAUCUCGCGGAGAUUGGCCGACGAUAGCACCCGACUGAUGGCUUAUGGCCCCUUCAAUAUGCUCCGGGAACGUCAGUACAAGCGAACUAACUGGCAGAUGGAAUUCGACGGCUCCACUGUGCAGUCCACCUUGGAAGUAUUAGAGAACGAGUUGAGGAAGAGGAGGAUGGCAGAAUUGGAAAGAUGUCUGUACUUUGAGUCCAAGCGUCACGGUCGCCGCCCAGUGUAUGGAAGUAGCCUCAUUGAGUUCCUCACCUCGGACAACCAACAACGGCCGACGUCAAAGGGGCCAUUACGGAAACGCUCCUUGGCGGAUUGGCUGUCGAAUCAGUCGUCGGUUCUGGCCUCAAUGAUCCUAUCCGUCGAGGAACGGUCACAGUCAAUGGACGGCUACGUUCAGAGAUUCGCCUGUGUCACACCGGCAGCGGUAGCAUCUGGUAUCACGGAGGCCGCUCUGACCCCCAUUGAGACCCGGUACCUGACGAAAGCCGAGCGAUUCCCACCCUACGAUCCUUUCCAUGAAGCGCAGAUGCGUCUUUCGAUCGCGUUUCCGGACAAGAGAUUGUUGCAAUAUGAUUGCGGCAAACUGCAGAGACUCGAUAAGCUUCUUCGAGACCUCAAGGCCGGUGGCCAUCGGGCGCUGAUUUUCACACAAAUGACCAAGAUGCUUGAUAUCCUGGAACAGUUCCUCAAUAUCCACGGACAUCGGUAUCUACGACUGGAUGGUACCACCAAAGUUGAACAGCGACAAAUUCUCACGGAUCGGUUCAAUAACGACGACCGUAUUUUAGCGUUCAUCCUGUCUAGUCGGUCGGGUGGAUUGGGUAUCAACCUUACGGGCGCGGACACUGUAAUAUUUUACGACCUUGACUGGAACCCUGCAAUGGAUAAGCAGUGCCAGGAUCGGUGUCACCGCAUAGGACAGACGCGUGACGUACACAUCUAUCGGUUUGUGUCCGAGUAUACCAUCGAGUCGAACAUAUUGCGCAAAGCCAACCAAAAGAGAAUGCUGGAUGAUGUUGUGAUCCAAGAGGGAGAAUUCACGACGGAUUAUUUUACCAAGCUCGAUCCGCGCGAUAUGAUUGGGGUCGAGGAUGCGCGGGAGGAGCAGCACGACGAAGCCAGUGCAGCCAUGGACCGGGUUCUGGCGACUCGUGUGGGCGGGCCUCGUGUUUUCGAGCAGGCAGAGGACAAGGAAGACAUCGAUGCGGCGAAAAACGCUCAGAAGGAGCUGGAGCACGCAGACGAUGGCGACUUUGAGGACCGGAGCGUUUCGCACGGCACGCCCGGACACGCAGGUGCCAGCCAAGCUGGCACACCGUUGGCCAGUGGUCCCGAAGAAGGAGGCACACCCGGACCACAGCCGGGCACCUCGCCACAGGUGCAAGAAACAGCAGAGGAAGAGGUGGAAGUGGAGCCACAACCGGGACAUGUUGACGAUUACCUUGUCCGAUUCAUGGAGUGGAAUAUGAAGGAUGAGCCACUUGUGCUGCCUGCAGACAAGAGCAAGAAAAAAUCCAAAAAGGGCAAAGAGCAUCGUCUCAAACGACGUCGUUGAAAGGCCCUUAACCAGUGCCGACAGUUUCCGCCAGCCCAGUCUAGCCCAGGUUAGCCAGCCAUGUUUUUUUUUUUUUUUUUUUCGGCUCACUCAGUGGGUUUACUGUAUCAUGAUGCCUGUCAUGAGUCGUUUUAGCUGGCCAAUGUUUGUGGCUAUGGGAUUUCGCCCCCAGUCAUUUUGGGGGGAGGGAAAGAAUCGGGCUUGAUCCCAAUGAGGAAUAAAGGGAGGGAGAAAGAAAAAAGCCCGGGCGUUACAGAUUUUGGGAUGGAGGAAAUGCCGAAAGGAAUUCACUUGGAGAUUGUCCAAUGGACAAUUGGAUUGACAUGAUUUGAUUUUUUAAAGUUUCCACGAAGGGGAAUCCGAAAUCAAAGUCUUUUUUUAUCUUGAUUCAUUAUUACUAUUACUAUUACUAUUACUAUUACUAUGGAUUAUUAUUACUAUUACCACC